AUGGCUUCUGAAGAGGAUGGGCUUACUUGGAGGGACGACGCCAGAAAGAUUGUUGUUUUGGACGUCGAGAUCGGUCAACUCAGUGAGUUGAGCAAUCGCAACCGGGAUCCCUCCUUUCAGCGAGUUGUAGUGCAGGUAAAGACCCGACAGGCAGCUCAGCUCCGCCAGGUCGGAAGUCAACUUUCCGGUGAGCCCUUUACCCUGCAGCGAGAUGUUGACCACUCUCCCAUGCUCGUUGCAAGCAACUCCGACGAACGUGCCGCCACAUGGUUUGCCUUUAGCGGCCCACGACGAGAGGCGCUUGUUCACAGGGUCCAAUGCCAACUUGAUUUUCAUCAACGAGCCCACCUCUGA